CCUGGGUGGCCCCCAAUCCUGAGGCUCAUAUGACCCCUCUGAUGGGUUGGAACAAGGCUGAUUGCAUAAUGCUCCUCAACAUCUGACUAAUAACUGUUGGCACUCUCUGACUUUCUUUUUGCUGUUUUGAAGUUCGUCCUCAGUGCAGGUCAACAGAGUAGGAACAGCUGAAGUACAAUGGCUGCCUUCCUUCACCACUGCCCCUUCCUAAAGUCGGCGCCUAUGCCGGCUUUGAGGAGAACUGGAGCUGCCUUGCUGUCCAUGGCCAAUCAAUGCCCCAUCAUUGCUCGCCAGAUCAGCGUGAGUGGCAUGGCCACUCUGGCUGCCAACCUGAGCAUCUCACCCACCAAACCCAAGAGUCACCCACUUCCCACUGUGGACCAAAAGAGGCAAUUUGCUCAGACGGCCACUCAGGUGGCCGUGUCUGUGUCGAAGGGCUGCCCAUUUGUCACCUCUCAGAUUGGGAUGGUCAAAGCCAGCCCUGAAGUCCAAGAGGAUGUCCAAGAAGGUUUGAUGACUUCUCUGUUGAAGGGUUUAAAGGAUUCACUCCUCCCAACAUCAGAUCAAACCAACACUGUCACCCACCUCCUCAAAGACAACAUGGUUGGCCCCAGCUACGACUAUGACCGCUUCUUCAUUGAGAAGAUUGCAGAGAAAAAGGACGACCACACGUACAGAGUCUUCAAGACCGUGAACAGGAGUGCUGAAGUCUUCCCUUUUGCCGAGGAUUACUCCAUCUCUGGGCGGGAGGGCUCCCAGGUGUCCGUCUGGUGCAGCAACGACUAUCUGGGAAUGAGUCGGCACCCACAGGUCCUCGGUGCCAUCAGAGAUGCCCUGGACAGGCACGGUGCAGGCGCAGGCGGGACCAGGAACAUCUCAGGCACCAGUAACUUCCAUGUGUCUCUGGAGAAGGAGCUGGCCAGCCUGCACCAAAAGGACGCCGCUCUGGUCUUCUCCUCCUGCUUCGUGGCAAAUGACUCCACCCUCUUCACCUUGGCGAAGAUGCUGCCAGGGUGCGAGAUCUACUCUGAUGCAGGGAACCACGCAUCAAUGAUUCAGGGCAUCAGGAACAGCGGAGCCAAGCGCUUCAUCUUCCGCCAUAAUGAUAGCCGACACCUGGAGGAGCUGCUGCAACGCUCGGACCCCAAGGCGCCUAAGAUAGUAGCAUUUGAGACUGUGCACUCCAUGGACGGUGCCAUAUGUCCUCUGGAAGAGCUGUGCGACGUUGCUCAUCGUUAUGGAGCUCUGACGUUUGUCGAUGAGGUGCACGCUGUGGGCCUGUACGGAGCCCACGGAGCUGGAGUGGGAGAGAGGGACAAUGUUAUGCACAAGAUUGACAUUGUCUCUGGGACCUUAGGUAAAGCCUUUGGCUGUGUUGGAGGCUACAUCGCCAGCAGCGCCGCCCUGGUUGACACAGUGCGCUCCUUCGCAGCCGGCUUCAUCUUCACCACUGCCCUGCCCCCGAUGGUCCUGUCUGGAGCCCUGGAGUCAGUCCGGGUCCUGAGGAGCCCCGAGGGGCAGCAGCUCCGCAGAGCCCACCAGAGGAAUGUCAAGUACAUGAGGCAGCUGCUCAUGGAUAAGGGCCUGCCUGUGGUCAACUGUCCCAGCCACAUCAUCCCCAUACGGGUGGGCAACGCUGAGCUGAACACCAAGGUGUGCGACACCCUGCUGGAGAAACACAACAUCUACGUCCAGGCCAUCAACUACCCCACAGUGUCUCGUGGUGAGGAGCUGCUGCGUCUGGCUCCGUCUCCUCAUCACAAGCCCGCCAUGAUGGAGUACUUUGUGGAGAAACUGGUGGAGGUGUGGCAGGAGGCAGGGCUCCUGGUCAACAGCCCAGCCACGGCUUCCUGCACCUUCUGUGACCGCCCGCUGCAUUUUGACCUGAUGAGUGAGUGGGAGAAAUCCUACUUCGGCAACAUGGAACCACAAUACAUCACUGUGCUGGCAUAAUACCAUAACACCAAAGUACAUGUAAUGUCUCAACACAAGUUACACAUGCAGUAUAUGUAGAAAUUUAAUGCUAUAUUCAACAUCCUUUUAAAUCAGGUCCUUCUUCAGAUGCACUGAGACAAGUACAUGAGUAUCAAAUUGUACCUGGGUUUAAACAUUCUUAAGUGUCAGUGGUGUGGACUACAUUCCAGUAUUUAUUUGUUUUCCUGUAUUUAUGCUUCCUAAAUUGUGCUUGCUGCCAUGGAUAUGAUUAAAGAAAAUUGUGCCUUCUCCAUUUCAAAAGCAUGAAACCUGCACACUGGGCACUUUCUUGAAUCUCUUAUCUAGGUGUGAUGGUUUGAAUUAAACUAUAUUCAAUGUCA